AUGGGCUUGUCCGAAAAGGGAGAAACAAAAGCAACCAGACAAUGCUGGGAAUGCUCGAAACGCCGGCUUGUAUGUGACUGCACACUACCACACUGUAGAAAGUGCCAAAAAGCCGGACGGCAAUGCUCUGGCUACGACGAUACAAAACCACUCCAAUGGGUCCAGACAGGCAUGGUGACAUCAAGACGGAGAAAGAAGAAAGACAACAGCCCGCCAAAAGUGUACGUUGCGACUCCAACGUCGAGCCAGGAUCGGCAGAUCUCGUGUCAGGAUGGUGGAAUAUCUGAGCAGGAGUUCUACGGACGCAUGUACGAGAACGAUUACAUCUGCGAGCCGGUGGAUUACGAGGACGCUUUGACUUCGUUCUAUCAAAAGCAGGAGGGUGUACCCAAAGUCAGCGCGCCAGAAUUGCACGUAUCCGCAAUCAAAAUGACGGCUUGUGCUAAUGAGGCCGCUCGGAUAUUCAAGACUUGGGGAAGGGCCAAGAUUGAAGACGUGGUCGAGAAGGGAUUGCAUGACGAAGCUGCAAAGAUACUGCGAUCGAAGCGAGACCCUCUCCGACGCUUGAAACGCUUAGUGGUCGUUCUGCACAAGUACGAGGUGCCAAACUACGCAUAUCUGGCCAACGAGACGUCGGACGUUGUUCAGGCUGUUCAGUAUUACAAUGGCAGAAUUCGAGCGCAGUACAAGGCAUACGGGGAGCUGGUACCCAAUCCCGCCAUCGUCGUCUUUCCGCCUCAAGUGCUGCAUCUCCUCACGCCAGCGAUUCACCACACGUUAGUAUGCAUAUCCCUCAAUCAUUUUGUCCAUGCCCAGCCAUCUGGCGCCGAUCGCGCGAUCACAAGCAUGAACCGAUCAAAAAUCUAUCACCACCGAGGCGCCGCCUUGCGAUCACUGAGCGAGUACAUUGCACAAGACAAGACCAGGUGUUCGGACAUGACCAUCACCAGUAUCCUGAUGUUCAUGUGUCUGGAGCUCCAAAACCCUAGCUUCACGGACUGGCGUUCACAUGUCAAUGGCAUGAAGCGACUGAUUGACCUGCGGGGCGGACCUAAGCAGCUCAUGAAAGAUGCCCCUCAUCUAGUGCCAUCACUAGUGAUAUACCUACUCAUCAUCUCGCUCGCCAACACAUGCAGCCCAUCGUGGGACCAAGUCGAUAUUACAAGCGCAAACGGGACGAUUAUCGAGGACUUGAGCAGCGUCUACGAUCUCAUCUUUCCGUAUACAUUAUGUCCUCGGGAGCUCUAUAUCGAGAUACUCCAGAUUGGCCAGCUACGUAGCAAGGCAUCUGCGGCCAUGUUGUUGUACGAUGCCGAUCCAGCGCAUUCUCUAGAGGCGCACGACCUGCUGGCUCGUAUUGAUGCAUUCUCUCCCGAGGACUGGGCGCAAGCCGGACCCCUCUACUCAGAAUGGCUACUGCUGGGACAGAUCUACCAGGCUGCUGUAUCACUCUACUGCAGCAUGUCGCUGCAAUCGCUGACCGUGCUGCCGCCGAGCAUGUCGCUGCAGAAAGCGCAAGAAGAGAAGGGAAAUGUGCUUCUGAGCAGUGUGCGCAUUGCGCUCCAGGAUCCCAGGAUGGCCAGACACAUGGUUUGGCCUCUGGCGGUGGCAGGGGUCGAGGGUAUCCAUCGCAGCGAGGCGACAAAAGAUUGGAUUGAAGCGAGUCUCGGAGAUCUCAGUAGGCUGUUGGGGACGAGUUGUCCGCUUAAGGCGUCCGCAGUGCUGAAGAGAUACUGGAAGAGCGGGGUACCGGGGUGGGAUAGCUGCUUCGACCGGGCAUACGCAUUUAUUAUCUAG